AUGGCCUGGCUUCCUUCGUACGCUGGCUUCAAUGCUUACACCGUCCCGGGAACCGUCACAUACACCACAACCACCACAGUAUGGGCAGGUCCCGGAAGUACUACAACAACAACCUUCAACGGUCUUAGUGGAACCGUCAUUGUAAAAACUUCAGGCUCAGUCCCAUCAGCGACAACCACGACUUAUAUCACAGUCACGACCGAUUCUGGCACUGCAUUUACUAUCGCUACGUCGACCAUCACUCCCACUCAAGGCUUUACCGGCACUGUCUCGAUCAUCUACCCGACCCCGGCAACUACAUGCAGUAAUAAAGGAGCUGCUGUCGGCUUCUACGUCAACCCAGUCCCCGGUCAGCAAGCCACUUCGCAGUACCCUGCUUUCAAACCUGAGGUUCUCAAGACGGUAACACCUUCGGCACAAGCCACUGGCAUCUCGUACAUUGGUGAAUACACAGACGACAAAAAUACUGCCAAUGUAUAUGGUAUCACCCAAAGCGUCAAGGCAUCUGAGUCUUUGGCCCUCAACCAUGUCUUCUACCUCUUCGCUGGGCGCGGCACUGGCUUCUACUACAUCGACCUACCUCAAGCUGACGAUGUCACUCUUUUCUGGCUGGGGUCCUUCGCGAUAUCCGGUUACAAUCGCUCUAACGCCCAAUUGAUUCAGUCCUGGAGCGCGCCAGCUCCUGCAACUGUUAGUUUGUACCUCACUGCAAACACAUAUUACCCCAUUCGCAUAUGGUUCGCGAACGGCGGAGGCGUUGGUGGCUUUCAGUUCACCUUGAGAGCGCCGGACGGUUCGUACAUAUUGCAGACUACAGCCAACCAGAAUGCCGGGUUUAUGAGCCCGGCAAUCGUCCAGUUUCCUUGUGACAGUUCAAAGGGUGCCAGAUUCCCUGCUUUUGGCAGUGAGCAAUAG